GGCGCGACAGCGGGCAUCGGGUCACCAGGCAUUGAAUCGCCUGGCUCGACAGCGGGCAUCAAGUCAUCAGGCACGACAGCGGGCAUCGGGUCACCAGGCAUUGGAUUGUCUGGCUCGACAGCGAGCACCGGGUCAUCUGGCUCGACAGCGGGCAUCGGGUCACCAGGUAUGACAGUGGGCACCGGGUCAUCAGGCAUUGGAACGUCUUGCUCGACAACGGGCACCGGGAUACCAGGCUGCGCCACAGAAGGC